GAGGUGGAGGAGAAGGAGGAGGAGGAGGAAGAGGAAAAGAAGGAGGAGAACGUGGUCACGAGCUUCGUCGAAGGAGCGCCUGCGCUCCAACACUCCGCACCUUCGGCUUCUCGGCUUCGACUAGGCCUCAAGUGUCGCGACGACGUAAAAGCUCGCGUCGCGAUGCGUCGUGACCAUCAUCGCGCGAUCGUACGAGAAGUUAUUCCGCUCCGCUAAUCGGCUCCGUAGCGAUUCGUUUGUCAGUCCACGUCACGUGGCAAGUCCGCGAAAACGUGUUUGUGCUGUCGGAUGACAGUCGCUGACAGUAUGCUUCAGUGGUAUACGCGUGACAGUUUGGUGGACAGUUCAAUGAGGACGAGUUGAAGUUUUUUGACCAAGACAAAUGGGAACUGCAGAUACUCGGCGAGUAAAGCGGGAAAAUGCUUUGAAUUUGUACCGAACUGUGUCGACGUGUACGUAGAUAAAGAUACAACGACGGCAGAGGAAUAUUCGAGUUUGACGAUGGCAAAAUCGGCCAGCAACUCUAUUAGUAAUUUCUACGGUGUAUCAUUUACGGAUAGGUCGAAAAAUGUUCGUUCAACGACAUUGCUCAACGCAUAGGAGAAUAUUAUUAAGAGCUAUACUCCGAACGAGAGUAUUGCCAAAUGAUACGUUAAUCUCAGAGACACUCGUCAGUAUUCUGAGAAUUGCGAUUGGCGCGAAGGAAAAAAUUCGUUGAAUGCGAAACGCUAACAAUUCAAAGAUAGACGUGGUGCACCCGCAGCAGUGGAGGAAGAGCAGGAGAGGGAGGAGCCGUUGCUGAGCGUGGAGGGGGCGGAGGUGAGAUCGUCUGGUGAUGAUGAUCGGUGGCGGCGUCGCGACCCCUCCUGGUACUGCCAAGUCGGCGGCUGCGAUCGACAGCGAAAUGGUACAGGUCGACGGCAUUGGCAGUGGUAGUGUCAGUGGCAGUGCUAGUGGUAGUGGUAGCCCUGCGACGGGCGCGACCACCACGCGCCUCACGAACAAUAACAGCAGCGGUAACAAUAACAAUAACAACAACAACAAUAACGGGGAGAUUAGCAACAACAAUGACGGACACGGAGUCGCGAAUUGCACCGGCACGACUGCUUCGAGCGCGAGCGACAAGUUCUGUUGUCAGGACGAGGACGUUCCCGCCAGCACCGGUGUUGCCCGACCUUGGGAACCACCGUCGCCGACCUUCUCCCAGACGAGAUCGCACCUGCUGCAAGUACAUCCGCCACACCACCACCAACAGCAUCCGGCGGCACAUCAUCACCAGCAGUUAAAUGUACCGGCUUCUCUGAUCGAUGGUGUGAAUUUACAAAAUUGCACGGCCGGUCCGUUUGCCAGCGGCAAUAACGGCAACACAUCGCGGCAACGUCUAAUCGAAUUGUCACAUGGAUUAGGAGCGCUCAGGCAUUACAACGAUCUCGCCAACCACGUGUUGUCAUUAAACCAACAGGGCGCAGUCGUUACGAAACUUUUAGGUACGUUGCGCCCGCCGGGCCUGAUCGGUGGCAGUAAGCCGAAAGUAGCGACACCGGCUGUUGUCGCUAAGAUCGAGCAAUAUAAAAGGGAGAACCCGACUAUCUUCGCUUGGGAAAUUCGGGAGAGGCUAAUCUCCGAAGGUGUCUGCAGUAACGCGACCGCGCCGUCGGUUAGCAGCAUCAAUCGGAUACUGCGGAACCGCGCGGCGGAACGCGCGGCCGCGGAAUUUGCGCGGGCCGCCGGUUACGGGCUCUACGCGGCCGCCGGGCCGCAUCCGUACUUCAAUUCGCACCAGCACCCGACGACGAGUCAUCAUUUGCCGGCGGGCUGGCCGGCGCCGGGAGCAGCCGGACACCCGUGGAUGCUGCCGCCUCUUGCCACCGGUAUAUCCGGCGCCGCCGCGUCCGCUCUGCUUUUACCACCGUCCUUGAGCCCCGGUGCGGCCGCGGCGGCGGCCGCAGCCGCAUCCGCGUCCGCCGCGGGUACUUCCGAGCACGCGCUUCACGCCGCCGACGCGAUCGCACGUGGAUAUCUGCAAGAUGGCGACGGAGAUGACGGAAGCUUAGACGGUUCGGAGCAGCCUAAGUUCCGGCGUAACCGUACGACUUUCAGCCCGGAACAGCUCGAGGAACUCGAGAAGGAAUUCGAGAGAUCGCAUUAUCCCUGUGUGUCCACGCGCGAACGUCUCGCCUCGAAAACGUCGCUCUCGGAAGCCCGCGUUCAGGUUUGGUUUUCCAACAGACGGGCAAAGUGGCGUCGUCACCAGCGCAUGAACCUUUUAAAGCGCUCGCCACCACCGCCUCCACCACCACCGCCGCAGCCGCAGCCGCCGCAGCAGCAACCGCACUCCGCUACGUCCGCUAUGGAAAUCGGCCAGCGUACAUCCAGCUGCUCCAUCGCCGGCAUGGGCGGCGAAAGUAGCGCGUUUCGCGCGGUCGUCACCAAUUCCGCAACCAGGGACGGCCUCGACAGGCCCGAAAGGAUCAACAGGCACGAGUCGGUGCCGAAGCAACCGGAAAGGAAACCUAGCGCUUUUCGGAUGAUCAGUCAACUGGUGGGUGACGACUCUUCCGAACUCUCGAGACCGACCAGUCCCGCGUACGACCAGCGGCAGGGAUCCGGUCAUGAUCCGCGCCCGGGAUCGGCGCACAGGAUACGCUACGAUCAGAACGAGGACGAAGAUGAGGAAAUUGACGUUCAAGAUUCCGACCAGGAUGUACCGUCGUCGCCGCCGGUUGCUUGGAGAGAUCAUUGGACUGACCAACAACCGCUGGAACUGACGAAGCACGAUCGCUGAGCGAGAUAUAUCUCAGUUUGAUUUCGAGCGAUGCGGUCGUUGAAUCCGGAGUGAUGUUUUCGCAAAAAAAAUCGAGCGGCCGCAUUGCGGCUUAUUUAUUGAAAAAUAUUGGCUAGACAAAUCGCAUGGAUCCGGUAACCAGUGUUCGAAGUGCGUCGUCGCAGUCUCUACCUUUUAUCUAUUGGUGAUUGAUAAGUGCAAAAAUGAUGAAAAUGUUUUUUUUUUGCUUUACGGUGCACGAAGCUACGAAAAAUAGCGGAUAUUAGUUAACCGCAAAAUGUCGAGCCGGAAUCAUUGACCUUGUUCAGUCAACGCGCGAGUGAUCGAAUGACGAAUCGGUAACGUGCUGCAUUAGCAACGAACUCGAAUCGACGCUUAACGGCGUGUAGCAUCAGAUGCGACAUCGUGUGUGUCGUAUCCAAUAUUUUCUCUCUUCUCAUUAUUGUCGGGCUCGGCUCUUUUUUUAUUAGUUGAAGUUUUUAAUAUCUAUGGAACUGCUUAUUAUUAUACGAAUUAAUAUGAACGAUUUCCUACAAUCGCUGAGGCGAAUGAGUGUUGCGAGCUAUGUAAUAUUAAAACGCAACGUCAUCAUGUCAUUGUAAUUAUUAUCGUUGAUUAGAUAAGUGAUCGAUGCAUAUCGCGUGGCAAAAGCAAACGAUGUUAGAUCGCUCAAAUCGAUCUGGGGAGCCGCUCGUGCGAGUAGAAAAUAAAAACAUACGUCGUGAAGAAAGAAUGAGAUUCGUUCGAGCUCAUUCGGAACUAGUCCUAGCGAAUCUUUAUGAAUUAGGGAUAUGCGUUAACUAUAGGUAUUUGAAAUAGAAAUAAGCGAAAACACAGAUAAUCCUGUACGAACUGUGUUAAAAUAAUGUUUAUUUAAAUGAAACCGUUUGUAAAUAUCCACACACGGCAUCACAACUCAUUUCCUCUUGCAAACUCUUCCAAAUUUUCUUUCCAACUAUCCUCCGACAGACAAAACAGUUUUCGGCGAGCCAUCAAAUA